GCCGCCCGGCGAGCCCGCCUUGCGGGAGGAUGGGCUGCGGCGGGAGCAGGGCCGAUGCCAUCGAGCCCCGCUACUACGAGAGCUGGACACGGGAGACCGAGUCCACCUGGCUCACCUACACCGACUCGGACACGCCGCCCAGCAACGCCGCCCCCGACAGCGGUCCCGAGGCGGGAGGCCUGCACGCUGGUGUGCUGGAAGGUGGCCUGCCUGCCAGUGGUGUGCCCCGAUCUACAGCCCCCGGCGGAACAUCCAACCCAGAGAAGAAAAUGAGCUGUGGGACCCAGUGCCCGAAUCCUCAGAGCCUCAGCUCAGGCGCUCUGACCCACAAACAGAAUGGUUUUCGCGCCACAGAGGCUAAAAGAGAUGCUAAGCGAAUGCCUGCAAAAGAAGUCACCAUUAAUAUGACAGACAGCGUCCGACAGGUGGAGAGAAGUCGAAGAAUCACAAAGAACUGUGUCAACUAGCAGAGUGUCUAACUAGAAAGGCAGAUGGACUUCUUUGGUGCCCGUCACAUACUGGACCCCAUCAAGGAACCCUGAAGAAGUGGGUGCCCCUUGCUGACUGUGAACGUUGCUGAGUGCCUUGAGAGACUGUCUCACCCAGCAGCCAACAGCUGCCUGAGCUAUUGGGACAUCCUCAGCCUCCUGCUUUUCACAUAAAUGUAUUGGCACAGUACUCACAUAUGGUAAUAAACUGAAAAUGAGCAGUUCGGUUUUCUUCUUUGCAACGUCUGCACUUAGA